CAACUGAAGACCUGGGUCAACUUUAGCACGCCAGAAGCUCGAAGCAUCGUACGCAAAGUACUUGCCUCAGCUCCUCAUCGUGAACUUGGGCUCAAGAUGCACGAGAUCUACGAAAAAGCACACGAGGAGUUCCCAGAUGUGACUACAGAUAUACCGGCAGGGAAGCCGAUCCCUACUGGCCUUCGCAACCAUGGAGGCAGGUUUAAACCCGCUAAAGCUGUGCCUCUCCCUCCUAAACUAGAUCACGCAAUUCGUUCAGUAAAAUACCUGAAAAAGACAAUCCUUGAGGAAAUGGCGAUGGCCCACGAAAUCGAAAAGGUACACAUAAAACGAGGAAAACUUCAUGAAGACGGUACUCGCGAUAUAUCUAUCGUGUCUAAGGCAUAUGGCAAGACAGAAAUUACGAGUGACUUAAAUAUGCCCAUGUCCAAUACCUGGCACUGGAGGUUGACACCGGACUAC